GGUCCAGCGAAUCUAAACUCCACCCAGCCAGUCCGACGCUGACUGACCAGGAAACCAUACACGACUACAACCAGCUGAGCAUGCCGCCCCUCGUACAGCCUACAGUUCCGGAACACAAGUAGGUUCGCUUAGAGAAGCUGGAAUCCAGAGGAACAUAUUGUGAUUCCAGAGACAGACAGCGACAGACCCAGACCGGGACAAGAGAGUUACAGAGAAAAAUAGGGGCAGAAAGAGAAGAUGAAUGCUGCCGUUUUGGAUUCCAGCACCCUUUGCCUCUUCGAUGUCGACGGCACCCUGACGGCAGCAAGACAGCAUGUGACUGCAGACAUGGCAGAGUUCCUGCAGCUGUUGAAAACUCGGGUUCGAGUUGGAGUGGUGGGAGGCUCGGACCUUGACAAGAUCAAAGAACAGCUUGGAGAUGAUGUGAUCCAGAGGGUGGACUAUGUGUUUGCUGAGAAUGGACUUGUGGCCUAUAAGAACGGACAACUACAUUCUGUCCAGUCCAUCCAGGCCCAUAUGGGAGAAGAGCUACUUCAAGAUUUCAUCAACUUCUGUCUCAACUAUAUGGCCAAAAUUAAACUGCCUAAGAAGAGGGGGACAUUCAUAGAAUUUCGUAAUGGCAUGCUGAACAUCUCACCUGUUGGACGGAGCUGUACACAGGAGGAGAGGUUAGAGUUCUACAAGCUAGACCAGAAAGAGAAAAUCAGGGAACAGUUUGUGGCAGUUUUGAAAGAAGAGUUCAAAGGAAGAGGACUGUCAUUCUCUAUUGGAGGUCAGAUUAGCUUUGAUGUGUUUCCAGAUGGCUGGGAUAAGAGGUAUUGUCUGGGAAUUGUAGAGAAGGACAACUACUCGACCAUUCACUUCUUUGGAGACAAGACCAAACCUGGAGGAAAUGACUACGAGAUCUACUCCGACCCUCGGACCAUUGGCCAUGAGGUUUCUUGUCCAGAGGAAACAAGGAAAAUCUGCCAACAGCUCUUCCUCUCAUGAAAAAGAGGAAGAAGUGGAAGAAAUCCAGCCAUUAUCAAGAGGGUGCUUUCCUAUGACAGAGGAGGAAGGAGGACCAGAAAGGGAAGGCAUGCUUUAGAUUUAUUAUUCAAAUAUCAGGAUCUGUUCCUCAGGUUCAAAUAAAAUCAUUGAAUUUAAUGUAAAAACAA